AUGGCGGAGCAGAGGUACUGCGUGGACUAUGCCAAGCGCGGCACCGCGGGCUGCAAGAAGUGCAAGGAGAAGAUCGUGAAAGGAGUGGUGCGCAUUGGGAAGAUCGUCCCCAACCCCUUCACGGAGUCUGGAGGGGACAUGAAGGAGUGGUACCAUGUGAAGUGCAUAUUUGAGAAGCUAGAGAAGGCCCGGGCCACCACCAAGAAAAUUGAAGACAUCACAGACUUGGAAGGAUGGGAGGAGCUACAAGAUCAGGAGAAGGAAUUAAUCAACAAGCACAUCUCAGAAGCUAAUUCCAAGUCUUCAGGCACACCGAAGAAGAAGGUGAUAGUCCAAGCUAAGAUCACUGCCACAGGACAGAUAACUACAAAAGAUCCUUUAGCUCUCAUCACUCCAUCACCAAAGAAGUUUUCUGGCUUCACAG